AUGAAUUCGCGGGGCAUUAGAUUUAGAUUCCAAAAAGGAGAACGAGUGCUGUGCUUUGAACCCGACCCAACCAAGGCUAAAGUCUUGUAUGACGCCAAGGUCCUUGAUUUAAUCAUAGGCAAGGACGAACAUGGAAGGAGAAUCCCAAAGUACUUGAUUCACUUUAACGGUUGGAGCAGAAGCUGGGAUCGCUGGGCUGCUGAGGAUCAUGUCCUAAGAGACACAAAGGAAAGCCGUAAAUUGCAACGUAAACUGGCGAGUGAAGCUCUCGGUCGCAUGAAGAAAAAGGGAUGGGCAAAGAGGCGACAUCCUUCUGGUACUAAACCCUCUCUGAAGACUCUAUCUAAGGACGACGACAGUGAUGACACGUGCUUGAUUACAUCUUCCGGCAGCAGCGUGGGUGACGGGUCUGAAGCAGAAUCUUCCAAUAGCGGGGACACCACCUUUUCUGAGGUCAUCAACAAAAUGAAAGUUGAGCCUGAUCUCGGUGUCAAAAGGGAAAGCGAGGAGAGGAUUGUGCACGUCGACAUCAACAUCCCGGAUGUCCUCAAGAAAAAAUUGGAGGACGACUGCUUUUACAUCAAUAAGAGGAAAAAGCUGGUGAUGGUUCCUUGUCCGACCAACGUGGUGCAAGUCUUGGAGUCCUAUGUGAAGCAUUUUGCCAUCAACAAGGCAUUCAUGGCCAACGAGCGUUACAGGCGGCAGCAGCAGCAACAGCAGCAGAAUACCACGCAGAGUAGCAGCCCGCAGCCAAUCCCUCCGGAGAAAAAUGAGGACUUGUGCAAGGAAAUGGUUGAUGGCCUAAGGAUCACAUUUGACUUCACUCUACCAAUGAUCCUCCUCUAUCCCUGCGAGCAAGCUCAGUUCAAAAAGGUCAGCUCUUCUCGGCUUCUGUUGGCCGUCAACGAAGGAUCCCCCUGCCCCAGCAACACCCAGCGAGAGCGUAGUCCCAGCCCGACAGGUCACAACCCCCCCACGCCUCAAUCCACGGACAGCCAGCCGGCCCUGAGUGACGUUUCUACCACCACGCCCACCGCUCCCACCCCGAAGCGCCGUCGCCACCCCGACAUGGACUGUAUCUCCUACCAGUCCCAGUCGUUAAGGCGUUCCACCAGGAACACGCCCGGGGGAGAACGCCCGGCUGAAGGGAGCAGUGGCGGCGGAGGCAGUUCCACAGCGUCUCCGCAACUAAAACGACGCUUGAUCGACAACUCAUCGCAGUCCAAAUUCAUCCUCAACCUUGACAGAAAAACUCCAGUUCACAGCGGUUCAUCCUCACCGUUGCCCUUGACACCAAGCAAAGACCGAAGCGGACCGUUUCACGGGCUCGAGAGUCGGCGAAAUAAUGAGCUCAAUGAGGUCCUCAGUUGGAAGCUCACCCCUGAUAACUAUCCCCUGAACGACCAGCCUCCUCCCCCGUCCUACCUGUACGGAGUGCAGCACCUCUUGCGACUUUUUGUGAAGCUUCCAGAGAUCCUUGGGAAGAUGCAAAUUCCUGAGAGGAAUCUAAGAGCCUUGGUCAAACAUCUUGAGCUCUUCCUCAGGUUUCUGGCCGAGUUCCACGACGAUUUUUUUCCCGAGUCUGCAUAUGUGUCUGCAUCGGAGGCUCACAAUAACACGAAGCAACCGAGGACCGUUUACUGA